CGCAGGCUCUCCCGACAGGUUUCUCCCUCACCGGUCUCGCCCGGCGCAGAGGCGUCCAUGGAGCAGGAGGUGCGGGUGCUGCGCGCGGCCGGAGGCUUCGGCCGGGCGCGGCGCCUCCUGGCCGCAGCUUCGUGGCUGCCGUGCGUGGCGCUGGGGCUGGCGCUGGGCUCGGAGCCCCUGCUCACCGCGCUGCCCGCGCACCACUGCCAGCCGGACCCCGCGCUGCUGCCCCCCGCGCUGCGCUCCCUGAGCGGGCCCGCGCUGCUGGACGCCAGCGUGCCCCGCCUGGGCCCCGCGCGCGCCCGCAGCCCCUGCCUGCUCCUGCGCUACCCCGAGCCCUCGCCCGGCGCCCGCCCCAACGGCACGCGGUCCUGCACGCGAGGCUGGCACUACGCGCUGCCCGCCGCCGGCCUGCUGCGCAGCCCGGUCACCCAGUGGAACCUCGUGUGUGAGAAUGGCUGGAAGGUGCCGCUGGAGCAGACAAGCCACCUCCUGGGCUGGCUGUUGGGCUGUGUCAUCCUGGGCACGGGCUGCGACUGGUUUGGCCGCAGAGCUGUGUUUGUGGCCUCCCUGGUGCUGGCCACAGGCCUGGGGGCCGGAGAGGCCCUGGCUGCCAGCUUUCCGGCCCUGCUGGGCCUGCGGCUGCUGCACGGGGGGUCCUUGGCAGGGGCCUCUCUGGCCCUCUACGUGACUCGCCUGGAGCUGUGUGACCCCCCGCACCGCCUGGCGUUCUCCAUGGCGGCCGGCCUCUUCUCCGUGGCGGGCGCUCUGCUGUCGCCUGGCCUGGCCCUGCUCGCACAGGACUGGCACCUUCUGCAGGGGCUCUGUGCCCUGGCAACGGGACUCCUGCUGCUCUUCUGGGGGUUCCCAGCCCUGUUCCCCGAGUCUCCCUGCUGGCUGCUGGCCACGGGGCAGCUGGCCCGAGCCAGGAAGAUCCUGUGGCUCUUUGCGGAAGCCAGCGGCGUGGACCCUGAGAGCAGCUGUGAGGAGGAGAGCUCCCUGGCUGCGGAGCUAGAGGUGCUGUCUGCUGAGAACCCCCAGCCCCAGCGCCACUGGGUCCUGGAGCUGCUGCACACGCGCGUCGCCUGGAGAAACGGACUCAUCCUGGGCUUCAGUUCGUUGGUCGGUGGGGGCAUGAGAGCCAGCUUUUCCCGAAGACUGGCCCCUCAAGAGCUGGCCUUCUACGGACCCUACUUCCUGGGGGCUGGCCUGGAGGCGGUGGCCACCGUCUUCCUGCUGCUGACGGUGGACCGCUGGGGGCGCCGCCUGGUCCUGCUGCUGGGCACGCUGGUCAUGGGCCUGGCGUCCCUGCUGAUUCUCUCGGGGGUCCAGUACCUGCCGGGCUGGACUGUGCUGUCCCUCUCUGUCCUGGGGCUCCUGGCCGCCCAGGCCGUGUCCACCCUCAGCAGCCUCUUUGCCGCUGAGCUCUUUCCCACGGUGAUCAGGGCGGCGGGCCUGGGCCUCGUGCUGGGCGCCGGGUUCCUGGGCCAGGCGGCCGCCCCCAUCGCCGACAUGCACGGCCGGCGGGGCUUCUUCCUGCUGCACGUGGUCUUCGCCUCCUUCGCCAUCCUCACCCUGGUGUGCGUCCUGCUGCUGCCUGAGAGCCGGGGGCGCGGGCUGCCCCAGGCGCUGCAGGACGCCGACCGCCUGCGCCGAUCGCCGCUCCUCCGGGUCCGUCCCCGCCAGGACUACAUGCCCCUGCUGCCCCCCGCCCACUGCUGGGCUCAGACACGGCUGGCCCAGGAGGGGUGACUGGCUGGACAGACACACCUCCCCUCAGGUGGCCGCGUGUCAGUGUGGGCGGGGGGGUCUCAGGGAGGAGCUCUGGGCUCACUGUGAAGGCGGAGUCCUCGGUUGGGCCCCUUGUUCCUGGGGGCCCUGGCCUCCUCACCCCAACCACCACUUGGGAAGGAUAAAAGCAUCCAUGGAACUUG